CUCUCUCUCUCUCUCUCUCACAUAAUAUAUAUAGAGUGUUCUGUAUAUCUACCUAUUCCGUUACUCCAAUGGAUACCCUUCGUGUAUUGCACUGCUGCUCUUCUUCUACUGCUACUUCUGCAAGUUAUACAUCUUCACAAAACCAUUGCCCAAGGCAGUUCAAAUUCCUUUCCCAUCACCAACGUCACGCUACUCUCGCUUUUAUAAGACCUUCAAUUUUUCAGACUCCUGGGUUUGCUGAUCGAUCCACUGCUCUUCGACGUCACUCCUCUCCAAUCCUUUGUGGUGUUUCCUCUGUACAGACUAGAGAAGAAGAGAAGAUGGGGAAGAAGAAGGCGCAGGGGAAGGUGAGGCUAAGUGUGCGUCUGGAUCACCAAGUCCAAUUUGGCGAUCAUGUAGCAGUUUUGGGGUCAACAAAGGAAUUGGGAUCAUGGAAAAAGCAAGUUGCAAUGAAAUGGACAGAGGAUGGUUGGGUUUGUGCAGUAGAACUAGAAGGGGGUGACUCUGUUGAGUACAAAUUUGUGAUUGUAAGGAAGAACAAGAAAGUAGUUUGGGAAAGUGGUGACAAUCGAGUCUUGAAGCUGCCAAAAGGAGGCAGUUUUGCGAUUAUUUGUCAUUGGGACAUGACUGGCGAGGCUGUGGAUCUAUUGCCUUUGGAUUUGGAACAAAAUGUGGAGGGUGUGGAAUAUGUUGGUGAUAAUGGGUCUGCAGCUACUGAUGUGGUAGUAGGGACAAGUUCUUUUGUGGAGCAAUGGCAAGGUAAGGCUGCCUCUUUCAUGCGAUCAAAUGAGCAUCACGACAGAGAAGCAGAUAGAAAGUGGGAUACAUCAGGUCUUGAAGGGCUGGCUGUAAAGUUAGUGGAAGGUGAUCGAAAUGGCAGGAAUUGGUGGCGAAAGCUUGAAGUUGUUCGUGAACUAUUAGUUGGAAGUUUGGAAAGUGGGCAGCGUUUGGAUGCUCUUAUAUAUUCUGCUAUCUAUCUAAAGUGGAUAAACACUGGGCAAAUUUCUUGCUUUGAAGAUGGAGGUCAUCACCGGCCAAGUAGGCAUGCGGAGAUUUCAAGGCUUAUAUUCCGUGAAUUGGAAAGAAUUUCCUCUAGAAAAGACUCUUCACCUGAGGAAGUAGUUGUCAUUCGCAAGAUUCAUCCAUGUUUGCCUUCUUUUAAGGCGGAAUUUACUGCAUCUGUUCCUCUGACACGAAUUAGGGAUAUAGCACACCGGAAUGAUAUCCCUCAUGAUCUUAAGCAAGAAAUCAAGCAUACAAUACAGAACAAGCUUCACAGGAAUGCUGGCCCUGAAGAUUUGGUUGCUACAGAAGCAAUGCUUGCAAGAAUUACCAAGAACCCUGGACAAUAUAGUGAAGUAUUUGUAGAACAAUUCAAAAUAUUCCAUCAUGAACUCAAAGAUUUCUUUAAUGCUGGAAGCCUUGCAGAACAACUUGAAUCAAUAAAGGAUUCUUUGGAUGAACGAAGUUUGUCAGCUCUUUCAUUAUUUUUAGAGUGCAAGAAGAGUUUGGAUAGUUUGCAAGAAACAAAUAAUGCUUCCACAAAUAAUGGCAUGCAUAUGCUGGUCAAAACCAUACAAUCUUUAAAUGCUCUGCGAGAAGUAAUUGUAAAGGGUCUUGAAAGUGGUAUUCGAAAUGAUGCCCCUGAUGCUGCGAUGGCAAUGCGCCAAAGGUGGCGUCUUUGUGAGAUUGGACUUGAGGACUAUGCUUUUGUUCUUUUUAGCAGGUUUCUUAAUGCAAUUGAAGCUGUGGGAGGGGCACGUUGGCUUGUGGAGAAUGUAGAAUCCAAGAAUGUAAGCUCUUGGAAUGAUCCACUUGGCACUCUCAUUGUUGGCAUUCGUCAGCUGGGAUUAUCAGGUUGGAAACCAGAAGAGUGCAAUGCUAUUGGAAAUGAACUUCUAGCAUGGCAAGAGAAAGGCCUCUUAGAAAAAGAAGGCAAUGAAGAUGGGAAGAUGAUUUGGGCAUUAAGGCUUAAAGCUACCCUUGAUAGAUCUAGAAGGCUGACUGAAGAGUACUCUGAGGCACUUUUGCAGAUCUUCCCUCAGAAAGUCGAGAUGUUAGGCAAAGCUCUUGGAAUUCCUAUAAACAGUGUGAGGACAUACACUGAAGCUGAGAUUCGUGCCAGUGUUGUUUUUCAGGUUUCAAAACUUUGUACACUUCUUUUAAAAGCUGUUAGAACUACAGUUGGUUCUCAAGGCUGGGAUGUUCUUGUUCCAGGAACUGCUUCUGGUACUGUAAUACAGGUUGAGAGCAUUGUGCCUGGGACACUGCCAUCAUCUGUAACAGGUCCUGUUAUACUUGUGGUCAGCAAAGCUGAUGGAGAUGAAGAGGUAACAGCUGCGGGUGGUAAUAUAGCUGGAGUUGUACUUCUACAGGAGCUGCCUCACUUAUCUCAUCUUGGUGUUAGGGCUCGGCAAGAGAAGGUUGUAUUGGUGACAUGUGAAGAUGAUGACAAAAUUGCUGAUAUGGUAAAACUCAAGGGAAAAUAUGCAAGAUUGGAAGCUUCCUCGACAGGAGUGAAUAUAAUUACAUCGUUUUCAGAUGAUAGCAAUGGUGGCUUUCCUGUAAAAAAACUUUCAAGUAAUAGCUCAACCACAACUGGACCUUCAGGAGAAAAUAAUUUGUCUUGGUCUUCUGUCAAAACUCCUUACUCAAGUCAGUAUUUCUUUCAGGGUGUUUCUGCUGGAGGCAUUAUACUACUUGCUGAUGCAGAUGUACAAACUUCUGGUGCAAAGGCUUCUGCUUGUGGUCAAUUAUCUUCUGUGGCAGCAGCUUCUGAUCAAGUUUGCAGUGACCAAGGAGUUCCAGCUUCAUUUAAGGUCCCUAGGGGAGCGGUAAUACCUUUUGGAUCUAUGGAACUGGCAUUAGAACAAAGCAAGUCCAUGGAGUCCUUCAAAUCUUUUGUGGAACAGAUAGAAACAGCCCAAAUGGAAGGUGGAGAACUCGACAAUCUCUGUAAUCAACUCCAAGUACUUAUCUCUUCCCUACAGCUUCCAAAAGACAUCAUUGACAGCUUGGGGAAAAUAUUUCCACCCAAUUCACGUUUAAUUGUCCGUUCAAGUGCCAAUGUUGAGGACUUAGCUGGCAUGUCAGCUGCUGGCCUCUAUGAAUCAAUUCCUAAUGUAAGCCUUUCAAAUCCGAUUGUUUUUGGAAACGCUGUUUGUCGAGUGUGGGCUUCGCUUUACACUCGUAGAGCAGUUUUAAGUCGUAGAGCUGCUAAUGUACCUCAGAAGGAGGCUGCAAUGGCUGUACUGGUCCAAGAAUUGCUUUCGCCGGAUCUAUCCUUUGUGCUUCACACGCUCAGCCCGACAGACCACGAUCAUAAUUCAGUGGAGGCGGAGAUUGCUUCUGGACUUGGCGAGACUCUAGCUUCAGGCACACGAGGCACUCCUUGGCGUCUAUCUUCUGGAAAGUUUGAUGGGUUAGUGUGCACGUUGGCUUUUGCAAAUUUCAGCGAGGAAUUGCUGGUGCGUGGCGCAGGUCCAGCUGAUGGGGAAGUGAUCCAUUUAACUGUUGACUAUAGCAAGAAACCCCUGACCACGGACCCAAUUUUCCGGUGUCUGCUUGGUCAGCGUCUUUGUGCUGUAGGGUUUUUGCUUGAGCGCAAAUUUGGAUGCCCUCAGGAUGUCGAAGGAUGCGUGGUUGGUAAAGACAUUUUCAUUGUCCAGACACGCCCGCAACCUCAAUAAAAGGCUUCUUCCCAUAACUUUUAACAAUGUAUGUAUAUCUACAUUGUCAAAGGAUGCGCUGUUGGUAAAGACAUUUUCAUUGUCCAGAUAUGCCUGCAACCUUAAAUAAGGCUUCUUCUCAGAACUUUAACCAUGUUUGUAUAUUUACGUUGUUGCUAUCAAUAAGCAUUAUCUACAUGUAAGAAUCUACCUAAGAAUGUGAAUUGUUGUGAAGCAUCUCAUGUCAACUUAUCAUAGAAAGUACAAGAACAUGAUUUGGACAAUGUUUAUAAAUCCCAAGUUGUCAUGUUUAAUUGUUUCA